AUGAUGCGACUCCUCGAUGGCAUUGCUCGCGAGCGUAAUGUCGAAAAAUCACUGCUGAUCGCGGAUCUUGAAGCCGCGAUGGUUUCGGCGUGUCGCAAAUACUUCGGGACUUUGGAUGCGGAAGAGUUUUCGUGCACUGUUGAUCCGUUGACAGGGGAGAUCAGUCUGUUCCGUUAUGACGAACCCCUUGAGAUCAGUCCUGAGGACUUUGGUCGCAUUGCGGCUCAGACCUUUAAGCAGGUCAUGAUCCAGCGGUUCCGAGAUGAUGAGCGACAGUCGCUCAUGGAAGAGUUUUCGGGGCGUCAGGGCGAGCUCGUCACAGGCACGGCUCAGCGGUACGAUCGCGGGGCGCUCAUUGUGCAGGUCGAUCGCGCUGAAUGCGUGAUGCUCCGAAGCGAGCAGAUCCCUGGCGAGCAGUUCAUGCCUGGUGAUCGGGUGCGAGCGUUUGUGCUUGAUGUGAAGGACAUGGGCUCGCAGGUAAAGAUUUACCUGAGCCGAGCACAUCCGGACUUUAUUAAAUACCUCUUUGAGGUUGAAGUGCCAGAAGUGCUCGAUCGCACGAUCGAGAUCAAGGCGAUCGCACGCGAAGCGGGAUACCGCACGAAGAUGGCGGUCGCUUCGAUCGACUCGAAGGUUGAUGCGGUCGGUGCGUGUGUUGGUAUCCGCGGCUCGCGCAUCAAGACCAUCGUUGAUGAACUCAAUGGGGAGAAGAUCGACAUCGUCCGCUGGAACGAAUCGUCGCAAAUCCUGAUCGCCAAUGCGCUCAAGCCUGCUGAGGUCAACGAGAUUUCGCUGUGCUUCGAGCUAGGGCGCGCUACAGUGGUUGUUCGUGAUGAUCAGUUGUCGCUCGCGAUCGGUAAGCGCGGGCAGAAUGUCCGCUUGGGCGCACGAUUGACUGGGUGGGAUGUGGACAUUCUCACUCCUGAAGAGUUUACCAAGACGCUGACCACGCUCUCUGAGACGCUCACGCAGGUCGAGGGCGUGACAGAAGAUAAAGUCGAUCGUCUCGCGGCGCUGGGCAUGAUCUCGGUCUUCGAUGUUGUAGAGGUCGGCACCGAAGUGCUCGAAGCGGAGCUCGAACUGUCUCCGGAGGUUGCUGAGCAAGCGGUUGAGCUGUGUGCUGAGCGUGCGAAGAUCGUGGAAGAAGAGCAGGCACGCGAGAAGGCGGAAGCCGAGGCGCGUCGCGCAGAGGAAGAAGCUGCGGCUUCGUCCAUUCUUUCUGGUGAUGUCAACCCAUCGGAUAAUCCAGAAGCCGCGGCUGCGGCGAUCUUGGGUGGUGCGAUUGACGCUGUACCUGAAGAAGGCGACGAGGAUCACUUGGCGAAUAAACGAAUCUUUGAACUGGCAAAAGAGCUUGGGAUCAAAUCCAAAGCGAUUGUUGAGAAGUGUCACGCGGAAGGCAUUCCUGCGGAUGUGAUUAAGAAUCACAUGUCAACGAUCUCGAUUGGUCUUGAGCAGACGGUGCGUGAAUGGUUCAGCGCUGAGGAUGGUGAGGAAUCUCCUCACACCGCGGUUGAGAAGACUGAGAAGGUCGAUCUCGAGAAGGCGCGGUCUCCGAAGAAAGCAUCGAAGGCAAAGAAGACUACUUCUGACGACGAUGAUGCCGCAGACAGUAAGGGUCCGGCAACUGCGGUUGCGGCACCCCCACCACCUCCGGCGGCGAAGGUCGCGGCGCCACCUGCUCCGACAGCGAAGAAGAUCACUCCUGCUGCUGCGGGUGCUGAGGAAUCGAAGCCUGCAGCACAAGCGCCGAUGCAAGACACCGAUACUGAUUCUGGAUCUGGUACAGAACAGGUCGUGAAGGCUCCUGAAAAACCGAAGCCGAGUGCUCCACCACCACCGCCGAAGAUGAAUGUGCCUACGCGUCCAUCAGUCGUGACCCCUGCGGGUCCUCGGAUCGAGGAUCUCAAGAAGAAAUCGAUGAAGCUUUCGGGUCCGAAGGUUGUUCGCGUGGAAGCGCCUGAGCAGAUUGAAGCUCCUCGUCGGCGUCCACCACGUGAUUCUGGUGGUUACCAGGGUGGCGGAGGUGGCGGGUAUGCGGUCCCUGGUAUGGAUCCAGGAGGUCGUGCACCUCGCGGAGGCGGGAGCACACGCCGUCGUCAACCUGGCGGGAGCGGUGUGCGUCGUAACGAUGGCGGAGAAGGAUCCGGAUGGAGUGCGGCAGAUCUCGCUGAACGCGAGGCACGGCUCAAGAAAUCUGGUGGUUAUCUCAAGCAGCGUCAGAACCAGAUGCGUUCGAGCGCCGCGGCAUCGCAGACACCUGCGAAGGUUGGCGGCAAGGUGACCAUUUCUGAGCCGUUCACCAUUAAGGACCUUUCCGCAGAGACUGGUGUGAAGGGUGCGGACAUAGUCAAGAAGCUCUUCAUGCAGGGUGUGAUGGCGACGAUCAACUCGGGGAUUGAUUCGGAGAAGGCCCAGGAAAUCAUGAUGGACUGGGACAUCGAGCUCGAAGUCGUUGAAGCGAAGGGCGCUGAAGAGCAGGUCGCUGAACAGUUCGCUGAGCGCGAUCGUGGUGACGAGCGUGCUCGCGGACCGAUUGUGACGAUUCUUGGUCAUGUGGAUCACGGCAAGACUUCACUGCUCGAUCGGAUCCGCAACGCGAAUGUCGCGGAAGGCGAGGCUGGCGGGAUUACCCAAGCGACCAGUGCGUUCCGGGUUCCAGUAACUGCUGGUGACAGUGAGAAGUUUGUGACAUUCAUUGAUACACCUGGUCACGAAGCGUUUACCGCGAUGCGUAGCCGUGGUGCGAAUGUCACUGAUAUUGUGGUGCUUGUGGUUGCGGCGGAUGACGGCGUGAUGCCUCAGACGAUUGAGUCGAUUUCGCACUCCAAAGCGGCGGGUGUCCCGAUCAUCGUGGCGCUCAAUAAAAUCGAUAAGGAGCAAGCGACUGAAGGCAACAUCCAACGCAUUCUUGGUCAACUCGCUGAGCACGGCUUGAAUCCGACAGAAUGGGGCGGCGACACGGAAAUCGUCAAAACUUCUGCGAUCAAGGGCACUGGUAUCCAGGAACUGCUUGAGAUCCUCGAUCUGCAAGCAGAGGUGCUGGAACUCAAGGCGGAUUACUCUGGUCAAGCACAGGGUACAGUGAUCGAAGCCCGUCCUGAGGGUGGCCGCGGUAAUGUUGCGAACAUUCUUGUCCAAGAGGGCGAACUCAAUGUCGGCGACUUCAUCGUCAUGGGACGCGCGUUUGGUCGUGUUCGUGACAUUACGGAUGAUCGUGGCAAUCAAACAAAGAAAGCUCUGCCUCCUGUACCUGUCCAGAUCUCGGGUAUCAAUGAGCUUCCUGAUGCGGGCGACAAGUUCUACUGCGUUGGUUCGCUGAAAGAAGCUGAGAAGGCUGCGGAGCAACGACGCGAACGCGAGCGACUCGAGCAGCUUGCUCAACCCAAGGUCACGCUGGAUUCGAUGUUUGCUCAGAUGGCGGACAGCGAACUCAAAGAGAUCCUUGUGGUCCUCAAGGCGGAUGUACAAGGGUCGGUCGAUGUGCUCAAAUCCGAGAUCGAGAAGGUCUCGGGAGACGAGGUCCGCGUUCGAGUCAUCCACUCGGCGGUCGGUGGGAUUACCGAAUCGGACAUCCUGCUUGCGAACGCAUCGAACGCGGUCAUCAUCGGAUUUAAUGUCAUCGCGAAUGCGAAGGGUCGAACCCUCGCGGAAGCGAAGGGCGUGGAGAUCCGGAACUACCAGGUCAUCUACCACAUCGUCGAGGACAUGAAGAAAGCGGCAGAAGGCAUGCUCGCUCCGGAAGUCCGCGAAGAGGUCCUGGGUCACGCGGAAGUGCGUCAGGUGUUCAAGGUGUCCAAGGUCGGCGCGAUCGCGGGCUGCUAUGUCACCGAUGGUAUCGUCGAACGCGACGCGUCCAUCCGCGUUACGCGUGACGGUGUGGUCAUCGAGAACAAUCGUAAGCUUGAUCAACUCAAGCGCUUCAAGGACGACGCGAAAGAGGUUCGCGCGAACAUGGAGUGCGGCAUGAAGGUCGCGGGAUACGACGACAUCAAGGAAGGCGAUGUGAUCGAGUGCUACAAGAGUGUUGAGAUCAAGCGGACACUGGACUAA